AGAACAUGCAGUUCUAUGGUGGAGUCAAAGCUCCGUACACUUUGUCCAACCAGGACCAGAGGAGAUGUGAGAAGCUGACUCUGCUGUUGUACUGUCACCUGCUCAGCGCUCCAUUUCAUGAACCUGUCAGCCCUCUGGCCCGGAACUACUACCAGAUCAUCAAGAGACCCAUUGACCUGUCAGUGAUCCGCAGGAAACUGGACAAGAGUGAAACCCUGCACUACUUCAGUGCCGAGCAGUUUGUCGAUGACGUCCUGCUGAUGUUCAAGAACUGCGCUACAUUCAAUUAUCCAGACUCUGAGGUGGCUCAGGCCGGUCGAAACCUGGAGUUGUUUUUCUUCAGCAAACUGCAGGAGAUUUUCCCGGACAGGACGUUCCCAUCGACGAGUCAGGACAGAACAGACUCGGCUCGACUCCGGUGGCAGACAAGGAAGAGGAAGGAAAACCAGAAGAGGAAGAGAUACAUGUUUAGUGGGAAGAAAUAUUAUCUAUAGUUUUUACAUUGUUGUGCUAAAAAGCCUUGUUGAGAACUGUGAUAAUCAAUUUACUUUCACCUUUUUAAUGGAAACAAAUCAUGCAAUGGGGAGACAGAAACUUGUCGUGUCAUUUUCACAUCAGAUGAGAAAUAUUUUUUCCUCAAAGAAAUAAAAUACUCUUCACAUUA